UAAGUCAUAUCUUAAAGAUAUCACAUUGCGGUCGGCACUAAAAAGUUAUAAUUUUAUAAACAACAUAUAAAAUCUGUAGUAAACUUUUAAACCGGAUGCAUGUAAAGUGAUUGGAGGAAAGGAAUAUUCUAGGUAUCAUCAUUUACAGUACAGGGCUAAUUAGGUGAUCAAUAACAAAGACUUGGAAACUUGUAGAAACCACAAAAUCCUUUCAAAUGAGUUAUCCUUCAAAAGAGAUUUAAUUCAAGUUAAACAGAGAACUAUGUUCUUUUGUUUUCUGGGGGGGGUCACUGAUUUUCAGACACAAGCUCUGCGUUGGUAGGAGUGGUUUAAGUAGAAUUGGAAGAUGUCCUAUAUUAACAUCACAUGACCGGACUAAAGGUGAUAAAUAUGUGGACAUGCGGUAAAGAGGCUCAAUGCCAUCACAUGCAAUGAGUUGUGAACACGAGUAAAGGCAAUAGUAACUCCAGCUGCGCUCGCUCUCUGGCUUCUUUCUACUAUCUUUCUACUACAGUUUGCACACAGGACAGCAAGCUGUUAGGACACAAGCUUCGAAAUCUGAAGAACUCUCACCUCUCACGCUCCAGGGGCCCGCUCCAGGACAGUUAAAAUGCCACAAAACAUUACUUUGAAAGACAACCAUGCAAAUUCUGAACUCGGCGGUGAAGAAUGGCUGUGUUCCAAGGCUGCAAAGAAUCCAGCCCCGGGCCUCGCUUCUGUGCAGUGGACUCCAGGACCUUUAGGCAGAGCCAUCUCCAUUGGGUCACGGUUAAACGCUGAGGCUUCACAGGGUGACCGGGCCGAGCUGGUCCCAAAGGCUGAGACCAAACUAUACCACCGUCGCUGGUCCAUGCUGUUUCUCUUCAGUGCAGUCUCAGCCAGCAAUGCCUUCAUGUGGCUUCAGUACGGCAUUAUUAGCAACAUAUUCAUGCGCUUCUACAACAUUGACUCUCUGGCAAUCGACUGGUUGGCCAUGAUCUACCUGCUCACUUACAUUCCACUCAUUCUGCCCGUCCUGUGGCUCCUGGAAAACAGGGGAAUCCGGGAAGUUGUCCUCAUUGGGUCAGCCUUUAACUGCAUUGGUGCCUGGAUAAAAAUUGGUAGUGCCAGUCCCAAUAUGUUCCCACUGACCUUUUUUGGCCAGUUUGUGUGCUCAGUAGCCACUGUGUUCGUCCUUGGUAUUCCCUCUUAUCUUGCCUCAGUGUGGUUCGGAGAGAAAGAGGUUUCCACCGCUUGUUCUAUAGGAGUUAUGGGAAACCAGCUGGGUAUUGCCAUCGGGUUCCUUGUGCCUCCCAUCCUGGUGCCUAAUGUGGACAACAUGGACGAGCUGGCUCAUCACAUCAGCAUUAUGUUCUACAUCACAGCAGGAGUGGCCACCUUACUCUUCAUCCUUGUUAUCUUUGUCUUCCAGGAGUGUCCUAAACUUCCUCCGACUCAGGCCCAGGCCACAGCUCGUAGUAUCCCGCCAGAGCAGUACUCAUACAUGGCCUCCAUUCUCAGGCUGCUCCGCAACCGUCCAUUCAUCCUCCUCAUCAUCACUUACGGUUUGAACGUGGGUUGUUUCUAUGCUGUUGGCACCCUGCUGAACCGCAUGAUCAUCGAGCAUUACCCUGGAGAAGAGGUGAAUGCUGGGAGGAUUGGCCUCACCAUUGUCAUUGCGGGGAUGGUUGGAUCCCUGAUCUGUGGCAUUUGGUUGGACAAAACUAAAACCUACAAGCAGACAACCCUUGCAGUGUACUUCAUGUCUCUGGUGGGGAUGAUAGUCUAUGCUGCUACACUCAAUCUGGGACACCUCUGGGUGGUCUUCAUCACCGCUGGAGCUCUCGGGUUCUUCAUGACUGGCUACCUUCCACUGGGCUUUGAGUUUGCGGUCGAGCUGACAUACCCAGAGUCAGAGGGAACCUCAUCCGGACUCCUCAACUGUUCAGCACAGGUGUUUGGCAUUAUAUUCACCAUCUGCCAGGGGAAGAUCAUCGACAGAUUCAGCACACUGGGAGGAAACAUCUUCCUCUGUGUUUUUCUCCUAAUCGGCACCAUAAUAACGGGCUUAAUCAAAUCUGAUCUGCGGAGACAAAAUGCAAACAAGUUGGCCAAAGCAGCAGCGGAGGGGCGGAUGUCAGGACAAGACUACGGAACCACGACACUAAUCUCCAAUCCGCAGACUCCUUCUUCACAAGGCUGAUCAAUACACCUUUCUGCUUCCACAAAAACAAUCUCCUCAAAUCUUUGCUCAACACGCAGAUUCCCAAAGGGACCUUCCGUCUGUCGCAAUGGGAGUCUGUCUGCAUCAUCUAUCAUCAAAGAAGCCAAGUUUUAGAGGCCAAACACACACUGACGUAAAAGCCUUGAAAAUAAUCUUGAUCUCCUUGAUGUUACAGUGUAACAUACUGAGAUAGAACAACACCAUCAGGAAUUCUUUGCACUCGCUUCCCUUCUAAGAAGAGUUAGAUGUACUGUGUUGCAUUAGCUAUUUAUAAAUUAAACAAUGCUAAAAUGCUGAAUUAAAUCAGAUACAUAAAAUUCAUUGUUCAGAAUGUUUGUUUGUGCCUCGACAAAUGUACCUGUAAGUAUUUUAAAGUGUACAGUAUAUAUAGAUACAUUUGCCCUAAUGAAGUGACUAAUUAUGUUAUUGCAUAAACAGUUGUACAUAAGGUAUCUACGUUGUUAUCAGUGAUUUUGGCUGAAGAUCUUUGUGAUUUAAGAUAAUUUAUACAGCAGCAUAUUAAAAGGUUUCUAAUCCAUGUCAUCCCACAGUUAGGGAUGCAGUAUUCAUGACAUACAAUUGUGUAAUAUUAUUUGUAACCCCAUGCAUGUUUACAUAUUUGACAUGAAAUAAAACUGUUAUAUUAAAUUACA